AUGAGUUUUAAAGCAGCAAACACCAUUUUGAGAGCGCCAGCUAAGCGUGCUAUUCACAUGUCCCUCCGUGUCAAAGCUAAAGGAGAUUCGUCUACAAUUGACUCGUAUAGAUUGCCCUCGCAAACUUCCAUUAACGAAUGGGAGUUCAAAUACGACUUUAUUCCCAAAGUGGCUCAGCCUAAAAUUCCACCUAUCAAUCCGGAAGCAGUGAAACAGGACAUUGCACAGACGAAGAAGCAGCAAGUAGAGGCUGAGUUGUUCAAUAAGGAACUUACAUCGUCCAUCAAAGUGGAAGCUAAUGACGCUGCAGUGGUGCAUGGCGGAGAGCCCGUUGGAGCCGAGGUUGAAUUUCUCCAUGAUAAGGGGCUGGACCCAGUGGAUGCAUCUACGAAAGCUACAACGCCUCAACGGAAGAAAACUACCAACCACGACAAUUACGUGCAGACUUCUAUCAACCCGAACAUCAAUAACCCAGAUGUAGUGAAUCUCGGUCACACAAACAGCGUGGACCACAAAACUGCUCCGGUGCAAGAGGCCAAGGUUGUUGAUGAUGUGGAACAUCCACAGUCUGUCGAAAGUAAAACGGCAGAACCGGAAACUGAAAGCUCGGGAAACACGGCUAAGAUUCUUGGUGUCUUGGGCUUGGGUGGCUUGGCAGGCUACUUUUGGUUUGGAAAGACUGAGAGAAAGUGA